UUUGCAAACAGGGCAAUGGCUCUAGGCUCUCAGAGAUCCUCUCUCACCUUUCUCCAGGGUGUAGGAUCUGUCUUCUUCAUUCUUCAGAUCAUCUCUGUUCAGGCUGAUGGGAAAGUGUUUGCACUUGAGUCCAAGAACAACUCUCAGGGUCUGGAUUUAGCUGAAGCUGAGAAAGCUUGUGUUGACCUGAGCGCUCGCUUAGCAACUGCAGAAGAACUGAAAAGGGCUGUUCUGGACUGUUCUUUUGCUGGCUGCACCACGGGAUGGCUCGCCAGUGGCUCUGCCGGGACAAUUAUAUGCAGAAAGACGGGCAGCAAACAGCAGAGCGUGAAAGCCAUUGAUGUUAAAAUUGAAACCGAUCCCUUUGAGAAUGACCAAUAUGGUGCUUUUUGUGUAAAGGAUGAAGACAAGCCCUGUGGGGACCCACCAUCUUUCCCCCACACCAUCCUGCAUGGCCACACUGGCUUUGAAAUGGGGGAUGAGCUGCUGUAUGUUUGUGCCCAGGGGUACAUCAUGGGCAACAAGGAGACGGCGUUCACGCUACUCUGUGACAGCUGCGGGGAGUGGUACGGGCAGGUCCAGGCCUGUGUCAAAGAUGAAACCGAGGCACACAUUGACUAUGAAGAUAACUUUCCUGAUGACAGAUCAAUACCUGUUGAGAAUGAACAUAGCAAUGGCAAGGAAGAAAUUGAGCAGGAGCAAGAACAGCUUUCGUUGAGUAAAAGUUCAGAGGAAGGAAGAACUGGAAGUACCAAACCUGUUACUGAGGACACAGACACUUUUGAGAAAGGAAGCAGGACACCAACUGAGUCCCCCGUGUCACUUCUAAGCCAAAAAAACUUGUUUUGGUUUCCAUCAGAAACUUUCAGCGAACCUGAAUCGGAGAAAGAGACAGAUGAUUCUACUAAAGCACAGUUUCCUGAAGGUGAUAACCACAUUGGAGGGAAGACAGUCUAUGAUGAACCUGGUGCCAAAAUGUUUUAUGACAGUGAGGAUUUCCCCAUCGGACCCAUUUUCACAGCCAAUGAUACAAAGACAGUGAUAGAUGCAGUUGCCAUUACUGAUGAAUCAUGGUUAGAUGGUUAUCCAGUAACACAAGAGGUGGUAGAGGAGGAAGUAGAGGAAGAGGAGGGCGAUAAAGUUGAUGGUUCAAUGGGAACAGAAGAUGACAUCAUCCUCACGACUGACCAACCGAAUCAUGUUGAAGUAAGAAAAUCGGGAAAUGGCAGCCCAGCUCCAGAGGAAGGUUUAACACAGAUUGUGGCAGCAACAACAAGGAUAGAUGAUGAAGGGGCUAAAGAAACACCAGCAUCACUUACAUCAGCAAGUGGUCUGGAGAACUUCAGUGUGAGCAGAGGUUAUGAUGAUGCCACAGGGGAACAUCCAGCUGCAUCUCUGGAAACUGUGACUCAGGAGCCCAGUACAACAAUACUGUUUGACAUAACCAGCUUAAAAACAUCCAUGUCAGAAACCUCUGUGAUGGUCAGCCCCUCCGAUUACACUCCACACACAGAACUAAAAGAAACAACCACCUACCCAGAACAAGUAGCAACCACUGCACCAACUCCAGACAUCUUUACUGACACAGCAUCCCAGGAAUUAGCUGAGCAAGAAAAUCUCACCCAGGGCCUUGGAGAAAAGCCUGUUCCCACUUCCGAGCCCUGUGAGGGAGAGGAUUGUCCCAAGUCCAGUAAGGGUGCUAUCAUAGCAGUAAUUGUGAUUCUUCUCUGCUUGUUACUGGCUGCAGCUGUACUGGCAGUGUGGUUUUUCAAAAAACGGCAGCAGAAAAAUUCUGUCUAUAAAUUAAAUGGGAGGUGUCAACCCAGACAUCAUUGCUACCACCACUACCAUCACCAGCACAUCGAAAUGCAGAAAGUCUAACCAGGGCCUGUUUGGCAGAGAUGCUAGAGAUCAG